AAUAAUCAUAAAAAUCGUAUAGCAUUCUGGGUAAAUUUCAGGCUUUCCCUAGACUACAAUUAAAAAUGGUAGCCGAACAGUUGCGUCUCGAUGCUCAAUUUUCUCUGUUCUACUUCGAUUUUCUUUUCUUUUCUUUUCGAUUCAUUGUUCAAUGACCCAAAUGUUGUGACAUUGUCGUCACGCGAUCAAUUAAUCAAUGAUGAAAAUUACUUUAGUUUCGCGUAUAUAUACAUAAAUCUUCGACGGAUGUAUAUUAUCGAUCUGAACGUUGCGGGAUAUUUUUUCUUCAAUUUUAAUCUCCCAUUAUUAAUAUCGUAUUUUUCCCUUUCUUCUCUGUAACUGGGCAAGAAAAAAAUGUCCUCCCGAAUUGUUUACCCGUAAUAUGUUUCAUUUAAACGCAGUUAGAAAUCGUGACGCAGCGGCGCUCGCCUGAGAUGGUCAUAGCGGCGGCUGAGGGGCGAGGGGAAGUCCCGCGCGCGCAAUGCAUGACGGUACGUCAUGCCGCCAAGCGGGACGACGGGGGGGGGGGAGGAAUCGAGGAGGGCGACGAACAAGACGGGAUCACAAAAUGGCGGCCAAGCUCGGGCCCGUGACCAUAUAGUACGGGAAAAUUAGAUAUUAUUGAACAAUGUCGGGAUAUAAUAUAGCCAGUGAUAUCUAGUAUUGUGAAUACGUUGUUGUUUCGCAUUCGGGAGGGUAAACAGGGGGUGAAAUAGUGCAUAAUCGACGGUUAAUACGGAAGUUGAUUUUACUCGUGAAGGGGAAUGAUGCAGAAAACUUUAGAUUCUGAGUCUGGUAAGGAAUCUGGUUCAGAUUCGGAAAAUGAGAGUAAAAGCGACAGCUCUUCGUCCGGAAGCAAUUCUGGGUCUGGAUCUGGCUCAGACAGUGACUCUAGCUCGUCAAGCGGUUCUGGUUCAGCAUCAGGUUCGGAUUCUGAAAAGUCAGAUAAAUCGUCGAAAUCGGAUGCACCUGCACAAAGCGUUAGCAUUCAAAGUAAAAGCUCGGUUCAUAGCUCAGAGACAAAAGUUCGACAUAAAAGCGACUCGAGUCGUGAAUGGGAUGAAAACCCAGACGUUUAUGGAAUCCGAAGAUCGGGGAGAUCCCGCAAGGAACCAGAGAGGCUCACUACGCAACGCGAAAGCGACGGCGAUGUACGACGGAAAGUUCAAAAAAAAAGUACUCAAAAUUCCUGGAAUUCUGACAGUUCAGAGUCAGAAUCGGAUGAAGCUACUAAACGGAGACCUCCGCCAAGUAAAUCGAUAAACCGUCGAGCAGCGCAAAAGGUGAAAGAAAACACCCGUUCUCGUCAUAAACGAAUAUCAGAAUCCUCGGAGAAUUCUUCGUUUGACAGCGAUGAUAAUCGAAGGCAAGUCACGCGACGGGCUGGGACAGCCGUCAGUUACAAAGAACAGAGCGAAGAGGGAACUGAUAGCGAGGAUAUAGUCGAGGUUGAUGAGGCAUUGGCGACUCCGUUGGAGCCAGACAAUGCCGAAACGAUUGAACGGAUUCUGGGGCAGAGAAGAGGGAAAAAAGGAGUUACUGGAAAUGUGACGACUGUCUAUGCUGUCGAAGAAAACGGUGAUCCGAAUCCUACAGAUUUGGCGGACGAAGAAGCCGAGACACAGUAUUUAAUAAAAUGGAAAGGCUGGUCGCAUAUACACAACACGUGGGAAUCGGAAGAUUCUUUGAAGGCACAAAAGGUGAAGGGUAUUAAAAAAUUAGAAAAUUUUGUGAAACGAGAACGGGAGAUCAAACAGUGGAGAGACUACGCUGGACCUGAAGAUAUAGACUACUUCGAAUGUCAGCUAGAACUGCAACAGGAUUUAUUGAAAAGCUAUAAUUACGUAGAACGAAUAAUUGCUGAAUAUAACAAACCGGAUUCGGGACAUCCAGAUUAUUAUUGUAAAUGGGAAAGUUUACCAUAUGCUGAUGCGACGUGGGAAGAUGGAGCUUUAAUAAUAAAAAAAUGGCCUGAGAAGAUUAAAGAAUUUCGUGAUAGGGAAGAUUCGAAACGAACACCCAGUAAACAUUGUAAAGUAUUAAAAUAUAGGCCAAAAUUUCAUCAAGUCAAAGGGCAGCCUGAAUACAUGGGAAGGGGGAAAGACUUAGUCUUGAGAGACUAUCAAAUGGACGGAUUAAACUGGUUGAUUCAUUCUUGGUGUAAAGAGAAUAGUGUUAUUCUCGCGGAUGAAAUGGGUCUAGGAAAAACUAUACAAACUAUAUGCUUCCUUUACUACCUCUUUCACACGCAACAGUUGUACGGACCAUUUUUAUUGGUUGUACCAUUGUCUACGAUGACGUCUUGGCAAAGGGAAAUGGCACAGUGGGCACCAGAUAUGAAUUUUGUAACUUACCUUGGUGACGUGACGUCUAGAAACGUGAUUAGGGAGUUCGAAUGGUGUUAUAGUUCAAAGAGAUUGAAAUUCAACGCAAUUUUGACCACGUACGAAAUAGUUUUGAAGGAUAAGACGUUCUUGGGGGCUAUAAAUUGGGCCGCUCUGCUCGUCGAUGAGGCGCAUCGUCUCAAAAAUGAUGAUUCACUUUUAUACAAAGCAUUAACAGAGUUUCAUACAAAUCAUAGACUUCUUAUUACCGGAACUCCGUUACAAAACAGUUUGAAAGAGUUGUGGGCAUUGCUGCAUUUUAUAAUGCCUAACAAAUUCAACUCUUGGGAAGAAUUCGAAAAAGAACAUGACAACGCGGCGCAAAAGGGUUACUCAAAGCUUCACAGGCAAUUGGAACCAUUCAUUUUGCGUCGAGUCAAGAAAGACGUGGAGAAAUCAUUGCCGGCUAAAGUUGAACAGAUAUUACGUGUCGAGAUGACCUCUUUGCAAAAACAGUAUUACAAGUGGAUACUUACUAAAAAUUAUAAUGCCCUUCGCAAGGGUGUUAAGGGAUCGACGACGACGUUUCUCAACAUCGUUAUAGAGUUGAAAAAAUGUUGCAAUCAUGCAUUCCUGACUAAGCCAACGGACGGUGAAAGGCGAGAAAGCAACGAGGAUUAUUUACAACAGAUAAUUCGUGGAUCGGGAAAAUUAGUUCUGUUGGAUAAACUGUUAGUACGACUCCGAGAAACUGGUCACAGAGUUUUGAUAUUCAGCCAGAUGGUCAGAAUGUUGGAUAUCUUAGGGGAAUAUCUGCAAAAAAGGCAUUUUCCCUUUCAAAGAUUAGAUGGAAGCAUAAAGGGAGAGCUCAGGAAGCAAGCACUGGAUCAUUUCAAUGCAGAUGGCUCGCCAGACUUCUGCUUUUUACUGUCAACCAGGGCUGGUGGUCUCGGAAUCAAUUUAGCAACAGCUGAUACUGUUAUUAUAUUUGAUUCUGAUUGGAAUCCGCAGAACGAUCUGCAAGCCCAAGCUAGAGCUCAUCGUAUAGGUCAAAAAAACCAGGUAAACAUAUAUAGAUUGGUAACAAAGAAUUCGGUGGAAGAAGAAAUAGUUGAACGUGCGAAGCAAAAAAUGGUGCUCGACCAUUUAGUCAUACAGAGGAUGGAUACCACGGGAAGAACCGUCUUGGAUAAAAAGGGUCCCAACACAAAUAACAACCCUUUUAACAAGGAAGAUCUAAACGCCAUUCUGAAGUUCGGUGCCGAAGAAUUGUUCAAAGAUGAAGAAGACGGGGAUGAGGAACCAACUUGUGACAUCGACGAAAUACUGCGUCGUGCUGAAACGAGAGACGAAGCCCCGGCAACAGUGGGAGACGAACUUUUAUCAGCGUUCAAAGUUGCCAGUUUUGCAGCAUUCGAAGAAGAGACAGAGCCGAUUCCUCAGCUUAAUGAAAUUGACGAUGAAAGUAAAGAUUGGGCUGAGAUUAUUCCUGAAAAUUUUAGAAAAAAGCUUGAGGAAGCGGAAAAAUCUAAGGAAAUGGAGGAUCUUUAUCUACCACCCAGAAGUCGAAAGACUCUUCAGCAGAUCAAUCAGUCUGGCGAAGAAGGUAGAGGUAGGAAACGCAGAAAAACUGCAGGCGACGACAGCGAAGAUGCUGAAGAUUCGGGAAGCGAGGCAGAAGGCAGCGACGAUGAGAGGCCUAAAAAGCGGGGUAGACCGAGAGUAACUCCCAGAGAAAAUAUGAAGAGUUUUACCGACGCCGAGAUUCGAAGGUUCGUCAAAAGCUACAAAAAGUUUGGGGCUCCGCUGAAAAGAUUAGAUGACAUUGCAGCUGAUGCUGAAUUGCAAGAGAAGCCUAUGUCUGAGUUGCGCUACUUGGGCGAGCAGCUAAGAGUCAGAUGUGAGGCUUGUUUGGCAGAGUUUGAAACUAUCGCUAAAGAAAACAAAGGGACUGAAGAGGAAGGCCGUGGCCCAGGGCGGAAGAGAGGAAGAGGUCCAACCUUUAAAGUUGGCGGCGUUAUGGUAAAUGCAAAAUCCCUCUCUGCUGCUGAAAAAGAAUUGGAACCCCUCGAUGCAGCGCUCCCUGCGGAUUCUGAGCAGAGAGCUAAUUGGCACCUUGAUGUAAAAUUGAAACCUGCGAACUUUGACUGCGAUUGGACUCCCGACGAUGACUCGAGGUUACUUAGAGGAAUUUAUCAUCAUGGAAUGGGAUCUUGGGAGGCGAUUAAAUUAGACGCCAAUUAUAAACUUGGUGAAAAAAUUCUCCCUCACAACGAUAGUAAACCACAAGUUAAACAGUUAAACACACGAGCUGAGUAUCUAUUAAAAGUGCUCAAGAAGCAGAUGGACCUUAAACUAGGAGUGACCAGAACAAGAAAGCCUCGCAAGCCUAAGGAGAUAAAAACUGUUAUCACUAAAGAAAUUGUUGAGGAGAAUGACAGUUCCGGAGACGAAAACAAAAAGCUUAAGCUUAAGCUGGACAAGCAACCGGUUAAAAAGGAGGAAGAGCCUUUGUGCAAGAAAGAACCGAAAGAAGAAGGCGAGGUUACGUCGGAUGAUAAGAAAAAGGACAAAAAAUUGAAGAAAGAGAAGAAAGAGAGCAGAAGAGGGAAGAAAAACAAACAACCUGUUGGGCCAAUGCAUUUUACGGCUAACAAUGAACCGAGAGCUCUUGAUGUUCUUGGUGAUCUUGAUCCGUCUAUAUUUAACGAGUGCAAGGAAAAAAUGAGGCCUGUCAAAAAAGCUCUGAAAGCUUUGGACAGGCCGGAUCAGUCAUUGAGUCAGAGCGAACAAGUAACGCACACCAGGCAAUGCCUUGUUCAAAUUGGGAAUCAGAUAAAUAUCUGUCUGGCUGAGUACAAGGAUCCCGAACUUAUAAAAGAGUGGAGAAGUAAUCUGUGGUAUUUCGUGUCUAAAUUUACGGAAUUUGAUGCGAAAAAAUUAUAUAAGUUGUAUAAACACGCGACUAAAAAGGAUGAUACUAGCUCGAAUCCAGUAUCUAGUCCCGAGAAGAAGGAAGAAACUGUCAAUCCGAAGAAGCAUAAUGAAAAGUUGCACGAUAAACAUGCCGAGAAGCACAGUGAAAAACAUGUAGAAAGACAUGCGGAUAAGUGGAGCGAUAAUUCGCAAUCCAAAGAUAGUAGCAGCAAAGAUUCACAGAGACAACAAGUGAAACGUAGAAUAGACGACGUGGAGGAGAAUUCAAACAGCAGUACUCCAAACAAAAAACAUCAAUCUAUUACCUCGAUUGCAAAUAGUACAACGACUGGUUCCACGACGACAGUAACAACAACCACAACGACGACACCAAUUGCUACAAACACUCUGACGGCAAACUCGAAUUCGAAUUCCAGUAAUUCAUUGAGUAGCGAACAACCGCCCAGGCACAAGGAAUCGAAAGAGAUUAAACACAAGGAAAUGAAAAGAGACAGAGAUCGAGAUAGGGAACGGGAAAGAUCCCAUGGCGAAAGAGGUUUGGAUAGAUUAGGCGGAGCGAAAGACGAGAGAGUGAGGAGAGACAGCGGAGGUUACAGCAUCGGUGGUCAUUACAGCGGAGGACGAGAAGACGAUCAUUGGGUACCCAGAGAUGGUAGAGAUCCUCGAGACGGCAGGUUUGGAGAUCAUAAACGAGAAAGAUUCGAAUCUUACGGGCGUAUGCCUAGCGGUUAUCAUCGCGACAGAGACAGAGAACGUGAUCGUGGCAUGCAUAUGAACGAGAAACGAAGCGAUUACUAUAGAUAUCCAUCAGGCCCUCCGGGUUAUGGAUAUGGUGGACCAGGAAGUUACGGAAGUGGAAGCAGCGGCGGUUAUCCACCCUCGGAUCUCCCUCCUGGCCAUUUCAGAGGGCGAGCGUACCCAGGGGAUGGAUAUCCUGGCGAUUGGAGGCCCAACAAAGACUAUAGACGUGAUUACGACCGUAGGCCACCUCCACCGAAUGCAAAUUCCUAGUGCUCCUUCCUCGCCACCGUCCUUGAGUGUGUCGUCAACAGGUUGUAAAACCUGGUUAAAGUCUCCUUGUCGUCUAUCAUUCAUUUCAAUGUCCUCGUGCCCCUUGUGAAUUGUGCUCUUGAGGCAAAACUUGGAAAGGUUUGCCUUUUGUACUCUAUUACAAGUGCGAUAUCCAUUACUGUCAUUCGAAAAGUUGAUGGCAUUUAACACGGC